UACUAUUCUUAUUAAAUGAAACGUUCGAUAAUUAGUGUUAACCGCGAUGGGUAGAGUAAGAGCGGAUCCCGAUAGGUUUACCGUGACGAAAGAUGCUCUGUUGCCGGGCGUGUUUUUCGCUCUACUUGUUCGGUGGUGUGUGGCUUCCUACCCUUACUCUGGAUACAAGAAGCCGCCGAUGUACGGCGAUUAUGAAGCUCAGAGACACUGGCAGGAGAUCACCGUGCACACGCCGGCAGCGACGUGGUACUUUAACACGACGCAGAAUGACCUUCAGUACUGGGGGUUGGAUUACCCGCCGCUGACUGCCUACCACAGCCUGUUAAUGGGGAAGGUUGCAGACUGGAUCGACCCGGAGUCUGUGCGGUUGUUCGCGUCGAGAGGUUAUGAGAACGAAUCGCACAAAACGUUCAUGAGAUGGACUGUGUUCUUGAGUGAUGUUUACUUCUACGUGUCUGCUGUGCUAGUGAUAUGUAUAGACGCUGAACGUGUGAAGCCUAAAGAGAUCGUUAACGUGUUCAAGCGGACUGACCUAUCUACAAUCUUAUUCUUAUUGUAUCCGGGUUUGAUUCUCAUAGACCAUGGCCAUUUCCAAUACAACUGUGUAUCUUUAGGUUUAUUUUUGUGGGCCACAUUUUAUAUAAUAGCCAUAGAGAAUGAUGUUCUAGCAACUAUAUUCUUUGUCCUAGCUUUGAACUAUAAGCAAAUGGAAUUGUAUCAUGCGUUGCCGUUCUUCUUUUAUUUGUUACGUAAGAUAUUUAUAGAGCUGCCACACAGGAGUAGAACAGUUCAUCUUGUGCACCGUUUCAACAAGCUGGCUAUCUCGGUGAUUGCGACUUUUAUUAUCAUCUGGUAUCCGUUUUUUGGGUCAUGGGAGAAUAUUUUCCAACUAAUUCGUAGACUGUUCCCUCUUAGCCGAGGAGUUUUUGAAGACAAAGUAUCAAAUGUAUGGUGUGUUGUCAAUGUUUUUAUUAAACUAAAGUCUUACUAUUCGAAUGAAGAAAUGGCAAAGACUUGCCUUAUAACUACGGCGGCAGCAGCGCUUCCGUCUUGUGUAGAUUUAUUCUUCCGAUUGAACAGAAAGAAGUUUGUUCUUUGCCUUAUCAAUGUGUCAUUAGCCUUCUUUCUAUUUUCAUUUCAAGUUCAUGAGAAAACCAUAUUACUAGCAGCAAUUCCUGUUGCCAUUCAUUUUCCUGAAGACCCGUUCAUGUGUUUCUGGUUCCUACUCGUGUCUACAUUCAGCAUGCUUCCUCUUCUUCUAAAAGAUGGUUUGCUGCUGCCAUUCAUCGCUACAAACAUAAUUUAUGUUAGCUUCUAUAGUAUAACUUUAAAGCUGGCAAUGCCUAAUGCUGGUUUUUUUACUUUCUUUAAUGCUAAAAAGGUUUAUAAAGCAGUUCAACCUGGAAAAAUGGAAAACUCGGUCCUGCUUAAACUUCUAAGCAUCAAUUUCUUGUUUUCCGUUCUAGGAAUGAUAGUUUUAACCGCUGCCUCGGUUUAUGUGGCUCCGCCGCCUCAGUUUCCAGAUUUAUUCCCGUUGCUUAUAUCAGUUUACUCCUGUUCUCAUUUUCUGUUAUUCUUUUUCUACUUCUAUUACACGCAGUUCCAUUUGCCAACAUGUUUGCCAACAACUGUUAAAGUUAAGAAGUAAUUUUAUGUAGCACUUAGGUUUUAACAUUCCAUUUUAACUGUAGAAUAAAUGCUUCAAGUUUUA